AGAAGAAGAGCUGCAGCCUCUCAGCAUCAGCACCCAUCAGCACCAGACGUCAACCCCUCUGCUCUGCUCUCCUCUCCGUCCACUGCGGAACAUCGGCCUGUUUUCCUCCCAUCACUCCUCCAGCGGCAGACCCAGCUCGCCAUGGACAACACCGGCAAAGAGAAGGAGGCCAUGCAGCUGAUGGCUGAAGCCGACAAAAAGGUCAAAGCGUCUGGAUCCUUCCUCGGAGGGAUGUUCGGGGGAAACCAUAAGGUGGAGGAUGCCUGUGAAAUGUACGCCAGAGCAGCCAAUAUGUUUAAGAUGGCAAAGAACUGGAGUGCUGCGGGGAAUGCUUUCUGUCAGGCCGCUCGGCUCCACAUGCAGCUCCAAAACAAACUGGACUCUGCCACCAGCUUCGUUGAUGCCGGCAACGCCUACAAGAAGGCCGACCCACAGGAGGCCAUCAACUGUCUAAAUCAGGCCAUUGACAUCUACACUGACAUGGGUCGGUUUACCAUCGCAGCCAAACAUCACAUCACUAUAGCGGAGGUUUAUGAGGCUGAGCUGGUUGAUAUUGAAAAGGCCAUUGCUCACUAUGAGCAGGCAGCAGACUACUACAAGGGAGAAGAAUCUAACAGUUCAGCCAACAAAUGUCUUCUCAAGGUCGGACACUACAGCGCUCAGCUGGAGCAGUACCAGAAAGCUAUUGAGAUUUAUGAACAGGUUGCUAUGAGCACCAUGGACAAUCCUCUGUUGAAGUACAAUGCUAAAGAGUAUUUCUUCAAGGCUUCACUGUGCCACUUCAUAGUGGACGAACUGAACGCCAAGCUGGCCAUAGAGAAAUAUGAGGAGAUGUUUCCAGCCUUCUCAGACUCCAGAGAGCUCAAACUGUUAAAGAAACUUCUAGAAGCCCAUGAGGAGCAGAACUGCGAGGCGUUCACGGAGGCCGUCAAGGACUACGACUCGGUGUCUCGUCUGGACCAGUGGUUGACCACGAUGCUGCUCCGCAUCAAAAAGACCAUCCAGGGAGACGCAGGGGACCUGAAAUAGACAAAUGUAGAGAUAGGGGACGAAGGGAGGGAGACGGUGGAGAGGGGUGGUAAUUAAAUGACAGGUAAGGGAGUGUAAAGAUGUAUUUUGGUAAAAAGAAAAGGUCAAAAUGAAGAUAGAAAGGGAGGCAGAAAGAUGAAAAAAAAAGGUGGGUGGGACUGAGGAAGUUUACAGUUGUACAUAUCAGUCUGCAUGUGACCCCCAACUAGCUAAGCAUCACCUUUACACCACCUUUAGAUGACUCCGUGCCCCCUGGUCCUACAGUAUUGCUCUCAUAACACUGGACAGAAUUGUAUUUAAAGAGGAAGAGUGGAAAUAAAAAGGUGUGUGUGUGAGAGAGAGAGAGAGAGAGAGAGAGAGUGUGUGUGUGUGUGUGUGUCCAUUGCAGUAAAGUAAAUUAUACUAUUUGACGGGAAGCUCAUAUCAGAUUUAAGGAUAUAUGUUACUGAGAAGAGAUAAUAAUGUUAUUUAUGAGAUUAUUGAUAUUUAUUGCCAAUACUAAAAAUAUUUAUUGUUUAUUAUGGUGCUCAGUGUUACUAUUUGUCUUAAUAUUUUAGGUAUUAGCCCCUCUCUUCUUUUAUUCUCCUUCCUCUCCUCAUUUUUUCUUCCUCCUCCUCCUCCUCCUCCUCUCAUCCCUCUCUGUCUCCCCUCGUCCUCUCCUCACUCCCACGCCCCAUCAAGUCAGUGAUAUCACCUCUUGUGAUUGGUUGGUUCUUUUUGUUCUGGCCAACAGUUGGUCGCCGCAGUCAGCCGCCAGUGCUUAAUCCUGUCUACUGCCUUGUUUGUGCAUGUCUGUUGUCAUGGUUGAUGUGAGUGUUCUCCGUGUCGUGCUAACGUGUAACGAACAUACAUGUAGCCUGGUAUCAUUUGUGUGAAGUAAAAUAUGUACCUCAGAUACCGAGAUGAAAUAAAAAACGCCAUCGCUCCACAUAU